AUGUUUUCGGAAAGCGUUAAAUCUUUUGUCGUUUUCGUCUUCGUUGCUGUAGUUGCCAACUAUAAUAUUUCCUGUGAUCCAAUUCCCGAUAUAUUGAUAACCAAUGAAUGGGAUUGGAACUAUACAACUAAUUCCUCGGAUUAUGAAUUAGAUGCGGAUAGAAUCGUCGGUGGCCAAUACGCAGCAACGAAUCAAUUUCCAUUUAUGGCCGUGGUGCAUCGAUUAAUGGGAAAUGGAAUUAUUUCACAAUGCGGUGGUACUAUUAUUUCUUCGAGAUGGGUAUUAACAGCAGGUCACUGCGUGGGGUCCGACUCAGCACAAUUCCUCGUGGUUUUCGGUAUUCGUAAUAAAGCCGGUAUAGGAUACAAUUAUUAUCAAGGACCCGGAGUAGCGAUGUUAACGGAUCAAGCUGUACUUCAUCCUGGUUAUAGAACGACCGUAAACGAUAUCGCAUUGUUGUAUAUGCCAAAGAAUAUUCCAUUCGGAAGAAAUAUUCGACCUAUUCAGCUUCCAGGUUAUAAGUACAUUAGCGAAACGUUCAAUGAUAGGAGAAGUAUGGUCAUAGGAUGGGGAAAAGAUAGCCCUGACGGGUUUGGAACAAAAUGGUUAAAGUAUGCGAUUUUACCAAUUAUUUCAAAUUACGAAUGUUCCUCAUACUGGGCCGUAACAAAGAAACACGUGUGUACUUCAGCAGCAUAUGAUCAAGACGCUUGUCAGGGUGACAGCGGCGGUCCUUUGAUCAUAAAAAAAAAUGGUAUUCCACUUCAAAUCGGAAUUGUUAGCUAUGGAGAUGGAAAUUGCCCUAGCGACAAGCCUGGCGUGUUCACGAGAGUCACAGCAUUCAUCGAUUGGAUUCAAGAACGUGUACUCGGUUAUCUUUAA